CUCGCCGAGUACACUGAGUUCUCCGGCAACUUCACCGGCAUUGCAUCUCAAUGUCUCCAGAAACUCCCCUCCUCCAGCAACAAAUUCACCUACAACUGCGACGGGCACACAUUCAACUACCUUGUCGACAAUGGAUUCAGUAAUUCUCACGUUGUCUUCUUUUCUUCUUAUGCUGAUCUGCAACUCUUUUUUUAUUUUUUUGCUUUUCUUUAUUUCCCGUCCUUUUCCCUUUAAGGCCUUUAUGAAAAUUCGUUGUUCUUUGUUCUUCUGUUCAUUUCUUGGUGGAAAUGUAAUUAGUUCCACGCGUGAUACCGGUGCUGAUUUUAAUUGGGUUUAGACAUUUCGAUGAUCCACUUGAUGUCAUCGAGUUUCUUAAUGAUCAUCGGUCUCCCAUUGUUGAUGUUGGCUGGAGUUGUAUGCACUUGGUUGUUUUUACUGCUAGAAUGUGAAAAAGGAGAAGGAGCAGGGGUAAUAAAUUCAACUGAACAUUGAGUCGUUAUUUUUGGUGGAUGGAAUUGUUAUUAACUUAAUAUUUUUUUUAUAAAAACAAUUAAAUCAAUUUUUCUUUAUGGUUCUAUCUUUAAUUUUCUGCCAUUGAAUCUGCUGUAGUUGGUUCGUUAAUUAGCUUAGGAACUAGAAAUGAAAUCGAGGAGGUAAUUCAACCUAUAUAUUUGCACAUGCGCAUCAACCACAAAUUUCUCAAGGUGAAAAUCUCAGUGGCCUGAAAGUGUAAAGGUAUAAAGUGGAUUCAUUAAGGUUUUUAUUAGUUUGGCAUAAUCAUAUGCUUAUGUUACUUAACUUCAGUUUCCAUGUUUGUUUCAAUCUUCUCUUGUAUUGAAGAGGUAAGAUUUUAUAUGAUGCUUUGUUAAAAAGUGGAGCCCAAGUUAAAAGUUGAUGCUCCUUAGGUAUAAUUUUAUAACUGAAUCUUAGUGUGCGAAUUAUUAUACUUCUGAUCAUUAUAAUUUAUAUGUGGCAUUAAAUCAUUACUUCUGAUUGUUUAAAAUGUUUUACCCUAGAGAUGUGUGAGAUAUUCUGCAUGAAUAUCUUAAUAUUGAUAACUUUUCUAAGAGUUCAAACAACUUUGAGGAUACUGCAAUUCAUGAUCUGAUAGAGUUCGUGAAAUAAGAGGAAAUCAAGGAAGGCAAUUAGGUUAGAAGAUAACAUUGUUGUUGGUUCAGAUGUUUGGCCUUUGGAUCCUGGUUAUAAGGAAAAGCAAUUGAUGGCCUAGUGAUGUGUUAGAGUCUGCCUAGUGUUGUGUUAAAAGUCUAGGGGGUUUGGGCUGCAUUAGAGUCACCUUUUGGGAUCUCUAAAUCUUCCCAUUUGCCUAGAGAGAGGUGUGGAGUAUUUUGCAAAAAUUGUGGUCAAGUGAGAAGAGUUCUAGCCUCUCGAAUGUUAGAUUGGGGGUGGAGAAGAUCAUCUUUCUUCAUCAUUUAUCUUCUACUUAGUGUGUGUUCGUGAGUGAGUGACUUAUAUUUUGUGUUGUUGUUUGGUGUGUGUAUUUUAUGCUGUUUCUGUCUGCACUUUGUAAGUUUCAAUUCCUUAUUUUGCUUGUAAUCCAAAUUUGUUAUUCAGCAAUAGUAAUUUUCAGUCCCCAUUUGUGCUGUUUUUUCUGGUUUAUGCUUGUUUAAAGCUUAUUAGAAUAGAGGGUUCUAUUGUUAUCCAAAUAAAGGUAAUGAGAUCCAUUUGAUAAUUUUCUGUAUCAUAGUACAAUUUGAUUAAAUCAUCAAUUUCUUCCUUAUAUAACCAUUUUACCUGAUCAUUUGGCAUUACUCUAAAUCAAGAGACGUACAAGAUGUGAUACAAAUCACAGAUAUGCUAACCAAAUUUAUGGACGCAUACACAUGUUGCAGUAUUUUAAAGAAACUCCUCAUUUAACACAUAGCUGCACAUUAAAGAACAAUGCAAUAUAAUACUAAUAAUCAUCUUCCAAAAUUUUAAAAAUCAAAUUGGAAGAAUGCAACCUGAUUUUAUGGGGGGCUUUCCCUCCUUGGUAGAUUUUUUUUUUCUUAAUUCUUUAUCAGCUUAAUUCAUUUCACAAAGCUGACCAACUUUUGUGAUACAAUGUUCCAUGUGACUACGUUCUGUGCAGUGGGGUGCCAAAAGAUUCACAUUGCUGGCCAGAAAAAUUAAUAUGCCUUCAACUUUUUGUCAUCUUCAAUGGAUGUGAACUUUCUCGGCCUUCUAUGUGAUCAUACCACUCCUAGUUGUUCUAUGGGAAACUUCCAUUUUGAAUUGGGAGGUUUUGGAUAAAGCAACUUGAUUAUCAAACAGGAAAUUGGGAAACGUUUUCCUCUGGCUGUUGAAGAUUUUUCUGCAUUUGAGCUCUAAACUUGGCUGUUGAAGAUUUUUUGAGUUGAAUGCUUAGCUUCUACCAGGCUUUGAUUUCCUGUCAAAUAUUCUCAAAUGAAAAUAAAAUGUCUACUUACUGUGUGGUUGCCAUUGAAUCUGUUGGUAGACAGAUUCCAUUUGCUUUCCUUGAACGUAUCAAGGAGGAAUUCUCCAAGAAAUAUGCUGGAGGAAAAGCUGCAACAGUGGCUGCUCGUAGCCUCAACAAAGAGUUCGGAUCCAAGUUGAAGGAGCAGAUGCAGUACUGCAUUGAUCAUCCGGAGGAGAUCAACAAGCUUGCCAAAGUGAAAGCUCAGGUUUCUGAAGUCAAGGGAGUUAUGAUGGAAAAUAUUGAGAAGGUUCUUGACCGUGGAGAGAAGAUUGAACUUUUGGUAGACAAAACUGAAAACCUUCGUUCUCAGGCUCAAGAUUUUAGGCAGCAGGGAACCAAGAUUAGGAGAAAGAUGUGGUUCCAGAAUAUGAAGAUAAAAUUAAUAGUUCUUGCCAUCAUAGUUCUACUGAUUCUCGUUAUCGUUUUUUCUAUAUGCGGUGGCUUCAAGUGUGGUAAAUGAGUCUUAUUUUUUUUUCAUAAGGUUGUCACUCGCAGAUUGGUUUUUCCCUACAUAAUCAAUGUUUUCCCCCCUUAUUUUUAACUUUAAUUUUUUUUAAUACUUUCCUUUAACUCGUAUGAUAUGUUGAUCUCUUUGCAAGACAUUGCUUGUAUAGUGUGCAAUAUCC